GUAUAUAUUAACGAUAUUGUUAUUGUUUCCGAUUUAGUCGACGAUUAUUUUAAGUAUUUUAAUACGAUUUUCGUUCUAUUCGUAUCGAAGAAUAUUAUCCUUUUAUUUAAAAAAUUAUAUUUCGAUUAUUUAAGCGUCGAAUUGUUCGGUUUUUACGUUAACGGUUUUGGUGUAUUAACAAUUAAGGAACGAAUCGAAGCUUUUAAGAACUAUAUUUUUCCGGAUAAUUUAAAAGUUUUUAAGUAA